CUGAGGUAAAGUUGGGAGUGCAGCGGCGUUGGCGGCGGCGGCGGCGGCGGCAGCGGCAGCGCGGCGGGGCCGGUGUUCUACCUUGUAAAUACUGUUAUUUGUAUAUACUGUAAAUGAUGACGUCGGUGGGCACUAACCGAGCCCGGGGAAACUGGGAACAACCUCAAAACCAAAACCAGACACAGCACAAGCAGCGGCCACAGGCCACUGCGGAACAAAUUCGACUUGCACAGAUGAUUUCGGACCAUAAUGAUGCUGAUUUUGAGGAAAAGGUGAAACAAUUGAUUGAUAUCACAGGCAAGAACCAGGAUGAAUGUGUCAUUGCUUUGCAUGACUGCAACGGAGAUGUCAACAGAGCCAUCAAUGUACUGCUGGAAGGAAACCCAGAUACGCAUUCCUGGGAGAUGGUCGGGAAGAAGAAGGGAGUCUCAGGACAGAAGGAUGGUGGCCAAACCGAAUCCAACGAGGAUGGCAAAGAAAAUCGAGACCGGGACAGAGACUAUAGUCGGCGACGUGGCGGGCCACCAAGACGGGGGAGAGGUGCCAGCCGUGGACGAGAGUGUAUGCAUGGGGCUUUAACAAAACCAGCUGUGGUUCGGGGUCAGGAGAACGGAUUAGAUGGCACCAAGAGUGGAGGGCCUUCUGGAAGAGGCACGGAAAGAGGCAGAAGAGGUCGGGGCCGAGGCAGAGGUGAUCAGUUUGUCUGGGGUGGCUCUGGUAGGCGGGGAGGAAGGUUUACUGCUCAAGGAAUGGGAACCUUCAACCCAGCUGAUUAUGCAGAGCCAGCCAAUACUGAUGAUAAUUAUGGCAAUAAUAGCGGCAGUACAUGGAACAACACUGGCCACUUUGAACCAGAUGAUGGGACGAGUGCAUGGAGGACUGCAACAGAGGAGUGGGGAACUGAAGAUUGGAAUGAAGAUCUUUCUGAGACCAAGAUCUUCACUGCCUCUAAUGUGUCUUCAGUGCCUCUGCCUGCGGAGAAUGUGACAAUCACUGCUGGUCAGAGAAUUGACCUUGCUGUUCUAUUGGGGAAGACACCAUCUUCAAUGGAGAAUGAUUCAUCUAAUCUGGAUCCGUCUCAGGCUCCUUCUCUUGCCCAGCCUCUGGUGUUCAGUAACUCGAAGCAGAGUGCCAUAUCACAGCCUGCUUCAGGGAAUACAUUUUCUCAUCACAGUAUGGUGAGCAUGUUAGGGAAAGGAUUUGGUGAUGUUGGUGAAGCUAAAGGCGGCAGCACCACAGGCUCCCAGUUCUUAGAGCAGUUCAAGACUGCUCAGGCCCUGGCUCAGUUGGCAGCUCAGCAUUCUCAAUCUGGAACCACCACCACCUCCUCUUGGGACAUGGGCUCCACCACACAAUCCUCGUCGCUGGUGCAGUAUGAUUUAAAGAACCCAAAUGAUUCAACAGUGCACAGCCCCUUUACAAAACGCCAGGCUUUCACCCCAUCUUCAACCAUGAUGGAGGUGUUCCUUCAGGAGAAGCCACCCGCAGUGGCUACCUCCACGGCUGCACCUCCACCUCCCUCUUCUCCUCUGCCAAGCAAAUCCACCUCCGCUCCACAAAUGUCUCCUGGGUCUUCAGACAACCAGUCCUCCAGCCCUCAGCCGGCCCAGCAAAAACUGAAACAGCAGAAGAAAAAAGCCUCCUUGACUUCUAAGAUUCCUGCUCUGGCUGUGGAGAUGCCUGGCUCAGCAGAUAUCUCAGGGCUAAACCUGCAGUUUGGGGCGUUGCAGUUUGGGUCAGAGCCUGUCCUUUCUGAUUAUGAGUCCACCCCUACCACGAGCGCCUCUUCAAGCCAGGCUCCAAGUAGCCUCUAUACCAGCACGGCCAGUGAAUCUUCAUCCACGAUUUCAUCUAACCAGAGUCAGGAGUCCGGUUAUCAGAGUGGCCCAAUUCAGUCGACAACCUAUACCUCCCAAAAUAAUGCUCAGGGCCCUCUAUAUGAACAGAGAUCCACACAGACUCGGCGGUACCCCAGCUCCAUCUCUUCAUCACCACAAAAGGACCUGACUCAGGCAAAGAAUGGCUUCAGUUCUGUGCAGGCCACGCAGUUACAGACCACGCAAUCUGUUGAAGGUGCUACAGGCUCUGCAGUGAAAUCUGACUCACCUUCCACUUCUAGCAUCCCUCCUCUCAGUGAAACGGUAUCUGCAGCUUCCUUACUGACGACAACCAAUCAGCACUCCUCCUCGUUGGGUGGCUUGAGCCACAGUGAGGAGAUUCCAAAUACUACCACCACACAACACAACAGCACGUUAUCUACUCAGCAGAAUACCCUUUCAUCAUCAACAUCUUCUGGGCGCACUUCAACAUCCACUCUUUUGCACACAAGCGUGGAGAGUGAGGCGAAUCUCCAUUCUUCCUCCAGCACUUUCUCCACCACGUCCAGUACAGUCUCUGCACCUCCCCCAGUGGUCAGUGUCUCCUCCAGUCUCAAUAGUGGCAGUAGCUUGGGCCUCAGCCUAGGCAGCAACUCCACCGUCACAGCCUCGACUCGAAGCUCAGUUGCUACGACUUCAGGAAAAGCUCCUCCCAACCUCCCUCCUGGGGUCCCGCCAUUGUUGCCUAAUCCGUAUAUUAUGGCUCCAGGGCUGUUACAUGCCUACCCGCCACAAGUAUAUGGUUAUGAUGACUUGCAGAUGCUUCAGACAAGAUUUCCAUUGGAUUACUACAGCAUCCCAUUUCCCACACCUACCACUCCACUGACUGGGAGGGAUGGUAGCCUGGCCAGCAACCCUUAUUCUGGUGACCUCACAAAGUUUGGCCGUGGGGAUGCCUCCUCCCCGGCCCCGGCCACAACCUUGGCCCAACCCCAACAGAACCAGACGCAGACUCACCACACCACGCAGCAGACAUUCCUGAACCCGGCGCUGCCUCCUGGCUACAGUUACACCAGCCUGCCAUACUACACAGGGGUUCCGGGCCUCCCCAGCACCUUCCAGUAUGGGCCUGCUGUGUUCCCUGUGGCUCCUACCUCUUCCAAGCAGCAUGGUGUGAAUGUCAGUGUGAAUGCAUCGGCCACCCCUUUCCAACAGCCAAGUGGAUAUGGGUCUCACGGAUACAACACUGGUGUAUCAGUCACCUCCAGUAACACGGGCGUGCCAGAUAUCUCGGGUUCUGUGUACUCCAAAACCCAGCAGUCCUUUGAGAAACAAGGUUUUCAUUCCGGUACUCCUGCUGCCUCCUUCAACUUGCCUUCAGCCCUAGGAAGUGGGGGGCCCAUCAAUCCGGCCACAGCUGCUGCCUAUCCACCUGCCCCCUUUAUGCACAUUCUGACCCCCCAUCAGCAGCCGCACUCCCAGAUCCUUCACCAUCACCUGCAGCAGGAUGGCCAGCUACCAUAUUUGCAGAUGAUUCUCUGUUGCCAGCGCCAGCAGGAGGAGCAGACGGGCAGCGGGCAACGUAGCCAGACCAGCUCCAUCCCGCAGAAGCCCCAGACCAACAAGUCUGCCUACAACAGCUACAGCUGGGGGGCCAACUGAGGCCCUGACCCUCUUCUCCCGGUCCCAUCUUCUGAGAGGGCUUCUCAGCCUGGCAACUAUGGAAACAGCAUCAAAGAGAGAAAGGAAUGUGGGGGGGGUUCCGCUGCCCCCCACCCCCAGCGGCCCACCCCAUGCCUCAGCUUCAUGUCUGUCCCAUUCCCAUCCCAUCCCCACUCUGUUGUAUGUAUUAUAGGAUUUGUAUUUUCUCCUUUUUUUUUUUUUUUUUUUUUUGGUCCUUUCCUCUCCUCCUCCCCCCUUGCAUUCAAGAUUAUGAAACUUUGCUGUGGGCCUUGCCCUUCCUUCUCCUCCUGUUCACCCUGGUGGUGUAUGGGUGAGGUGGGGAGGGGGCCCCCCCAAAUAUAUAUCAGCCCAACAGCCCUAAGUCUCCUCCUUUAUUAUUAGGAAACAAAACAACAACAACAAAAAAUGGCGUCAUGAAUAUGAAAAGCGUUGUCAGAUGAAUUAGUUGAAGUGUUUUUUUUUUUUGUACUGUGUCCUCAAAUUUAAUGGAUUAAUGUGUCUUGUAUAUAUAAAAAAAAAACCUUUACCUUCA